UACACUGUGCUUUCCAAAGAAACAAUGAGGCAACAUGUUGCUACUAUCAAUCAUCCUCAUGUGCUGAGAUUCCUGCAGUUACUGUGUGUAAUAUCCCCCAUGUCUGCAAUGCAGAGCUCAACCUUGACCUGUGAUCUGACAAUGACACGUUAUUUUGAGGAUUUUGAAUACUUUGAAGAUGGAGACAUCAUUAUCGGAGGAGUGUUUACUGUAAAUCGUUAUAUGAAAUAUUUUUCAAAACAGUCAACGAAUAUGUUAAGUUACAAACAAUGCAUGCUCCCUCGGGCUCUUCAUUACAAAAAUUUGUUGUCCUUCAUUCUUUCUAUUCAAGAUAUAAACAUGGAUUCAAAAAUAUUACCUAAUAUUACACUGGGAUAUCACGUGUAUGAUUCAUGCUCCGAUGGACUGAAGGCUGUGAAAAAUGUCCUACAGAUCUUAUCUGGGCCAGGAAAGGUUCUUCCUAAUUACUCCUGCAUGGAAGGAGGAAAACUGGCUGGAGUUAUUGGAGAUCAUUAUUCCAUUACAACUAUACCAAUGGCCCAAAUACUGGGGGUUUACAGGUACACACAAAUAAGUUACGGUGCAACUAGUUUUCAACUCACUGACAGAAAUGUUUACCCAACUAUUUUCCGAACGCUUCAAAAUGAUCACAUAAUUUAUUCAGUGAUAUCCAAGCUGCUGAAGUUCUAUGGCUGGACCUGGAUCGGGAUACUUGCUUCUGAUGAUGCAAGUGGAGAUGAGGAAACUGAAGUAUUAUCCAAGCAUUUAAAUAGCGAUGGCAUCUGUGUUUCAUUUCUAAGAAAAACUAGCCUUCAUGCAUGUAUAGAUGAUGAAACGAAAUUCAGACUAAGGAAUACUAUUAGAAAGUCAGAAGCACAGGUCAUUGUACUGUGUGGUUCAUUUUCUGCAUAUAUUAUAUAUACCUUACAAAGGUUAAGAGAAGUGCUUAAAGACAAGACAUUAAUACUUGGGCCAACUUGGGCCCUAAAUCUAGAUUUUUUAAAUGAGCUACCAGAUAUAUUUAAUGGCAGUCUUUCACUUCAUUAUUAUGCUGAUGAACCUCCAGAAAUCCUAGAUUUAGCAUAUUCAUUUCAUCCUUCAAAACACCCAAAGGACAGAUUACUUGAAGAUAUCUGGAUAUAUUACUUUAGAUGUUUAUCAAAAAAUCAAACAAAGAACCAAUAUUAUGAACGCAAAUUAAAAUUUGAGCUUACUAACUGCACUGAGGAAAAAAAUAUAGCAGGUAUUCCUGGUUUUCGUAGAGAAGGACAUUUUUCUCAAGUGUACCAUGCAGUAAACGCUUUGGCUAUUGUGCUGAACACUUUAUGUGUCUCUCUGGAUACACAUUGUAACGGAAAAAUAAAUCCCAUCUACAGAUAUAAAUAUCAGAUUCAUCACCACUUGAGAAAACUGAAAAGUGGAAAUGAAAUUAAUACUGAAGUAUUUUUCAAUGAAAAUGGAGAAUUAGACUCUUGGUAUAGGAUCAAUAACUGGAAGGCAUUUCCAGAUGGAUACAAUAUAUUAAUGCAAGUUGGUUACUUUCACCCAUGGGCACCAAGUGAACGACAACUAUUCAUGGACAAUAAUCUAAUUAUCUGGAAGAAUCCAAAAAAUCUGAAAGAUGAUCAUUGUCCACUGGCCAAGAUUAACGGAAAACUGCCAACAGACAAUAUGCUAGCAGUGGUUAAUGAGGCACUAUCCACAAUCAUGAUUAACACGCUCAUAUAUGCCAAAGCAUUCGUGGUCCUACAAAUACACGAGCAGGCAGAAGGAAAAACAAUGCCCACCAUGGAGACUAUGACUGGAAGCCAAGACAAAGGCAGAAAGAUCAAGGAUAUAUGCUGGCUACUAAGGAAAUACAAGGGAAUGCAAAUAACAGCUAAGAAAAGGCUGAUAGCAACCAGACUGCGCAGCCACUCCAAAGAAGCAGAGACUAGGAGAAUAAAUGCCCUGUUUAUGCACAGUGGAAGGAUUCCAAAGUCUCAGUGUUCAGAUAAUUGCCAGCCUGGAAGCAGGAAGAUCCCACAAUCUCAAAUCCAUUCGUGUUGUUAUGCAUGUGCCCCAUGUUCAGCAGGAGAAAUUUCCAAUAUAACUGAUAGUGAGAACUGUCUUAAAUGCCUCGAUUAUGAAUGGUCCAAUAAGAGGAGAGAUGAAUGCAUUCCUAAACUUAGUGAAUACCUAUCCUACUCUAAUGACUGGAUUACUGUAAUGUUAACAACACUGUCAAUAUUUUUUUGUAUAGUAACAGCUAUAACAUUGGGAAUAUUUAUUUUUUAUAGAGAUACUCCUAUUGUCAUAGCUAAUAACCGAAAUCUUAGCUUCAUCCUCCUGGUGUCCAUCAUGCUGAGCUUUCUCUGCGUGUUUUGGUUUCUUGGCCGUCCUGUGGAUAUAACCUGCAUGCUGCGUCAGAUAUCCUUUGCAAUUACUUACUCAAUAGCUGUGUCUUCUAUACUGGCAAAAACUACCAUGGUCUGCAUUGCAUUCAAAGCCACCAGGCCUGGCAACAUGUGGAGCAAAUGGAUUGGAGUUAAACUGCCCAAUGCCAUUGUUUUUUUAGGAUCAUUCAUCCAAGUUAUAAUUAGCAUUUGUUGGUUGACUAUUUAUCCCCCUUUUCAGGAACUGGACAUACAUUCUUUUGAAGAGAAGAUCAUCAUUCAAUGUAAUGAGGGCUCAGAUAUUGCCUUUUACUCUGUCCUGGGUUAUAUGGGGCUGUUGGCAUCUAUUAGUUUUACCAUCGCUUUCUUGGCUAGGACAUUACCGGACAGUUUUAAUGAAGCUAAGUACAUCACCUUCAGCAUGCUGGUGUUCUGCAGUGUUUGGAUUGCAAUGAUCCCAGCCUAUCUGAGCACCAAGGGGAAAUACAUGGUGGCUGUAGAGAUUUUUGCCAUAUUGACCUCAAGCGCUGGACUUUUAUGCUGUAUAUUUUUACCAAAAUGCUACAUUAUUUUAUGCCGACCUGAAUUAAAUACAAAGGAGCAAAUAUUGCUUGAAAGCUGA